CAUGUACGUGGACAUCAGGUAAGGAAAAACUAUCGGAAGGUAGUCUGGUCUGUUGGCAUCAUGGAGAAAGUCAUACUGAGGUGGAGGAGAAAGGGAAGGGGUCUGCGAGGUUUCCAACCUGAGAAACAACUUGAAGGUCCAUCAUGGCAGAUCCAACCUGCAAAGGCUGAGGCUGAGGAUGAAUAUGACUUCUUGAAGGAUGGCAGGAAACAGGCUACAGGCAGGUUGGAUAGAGCACUGGCUCGUGUGCGUUCCAUGAAUCAGUAUCCUGAAGCAAGAGACCAGUACCGCAGGCUGCAAGCCUGUGUUAACAGCCUACGAGAGUCCCAGGCGAUGCAGGACAGGAUGCUGGCUGAUUCAGCUGGCACCGAUGGGGGUGAUUUCAUGACUGAAUUGGAGGAGCUAUGCCGGGAUGAUGGCGAUGCCCCGAUGUCGACUAUUUCUUGACAUGGAGCUUACUAUAGAUCAGUUAGACAGUGACAUGUUCUUUACCAGACUAGAUGUAAUUUGUUGUUACUAAAUGGUCUCUACUCAUCGUUGAACACCAUAAUAUAAUGAUAUAACAGCUAAUACAUGGACUUCUACAGAUUAUGAUAAUUGAUCAGUAUAAUUUGUGGAAUAAUUAUAU